UAAUAAUAAUAAUAAUAAUAAUAAUAAUAAUAAUAAUAAAGUAAGAAAGAAAAAGAAAAUCUGGAGUAAAACACAAAAAGUUAUUUCAUGCAUUGAAUUAUUCCAAACGCACAAACUCACAAAACUCACAAACUACAACAAAGGGAAGGGUCAAGAAGGACUGUAUUUCAGCUGCUCUGCAGGGAGGAUGGGUGAUUUAGCGAACAGCGCGGUGGGGUUCUACCCGAAAGCUCAGCGGGGGGGCGGCGGUGCCGAGGCCAGCCAUGCCGGGGGGUUCGGGUGCAGUCUGGAGGAGCUGCGGGAGCUCAUGGAGCUGCGGGGGCCGGAGGCACUCCAGAAAGUGGAGGAGAGCUACGGGGACGUGUACGAACUCUGCCACCGACUCAACAGCUCGCCCACGGACGGUCUCACUGAUAACCCCUCAGAUCUUGAGAAGAGAAAGCAGGUAUUUGGUCAGAACUUCAUCCCUCCCAAGAAAGCAAAGAGUUUCCUAGCCCUAGUGUGGGAGGCCCUGCAGGAUGUGACCCUGAUCAUCCUGGAGAUCGCAGCCAUCAUCUCUCUGGGACUGUCCUUCUAUCAGCCCCCAGGGGGGGAGACUGAGGUCUGUGGAGAAGUCUCUGGAGGUGCGGAGGAUGAAGGUGAGGCAGAGGCAGGGUGGAUCGAGGGUGCAGCGAUCCUGCUUUCUGUGAUCUGUGUGGUUCUGGUCACAGCGUUCAACGACUGGAGCAAAGAGAAGCAGUUCCGGGGGCUGCAGAGCCGCAUCGAGCUGGAGCAGAAAUUCACCGUCAUCAGAAACGGGAACCUUAUCCAAAUCCAUGUCGCUGAGAUUGUAGUGGGAGACAUCGCACAGGUCAAAUACGGUGACCUGCUCCCUGCGGAUGGGGUUGUGAUCCAGAGCAACGACCUGAAGAUUGAUGAGAGCUCCCUGACUGGAGAGUCCGACCAUGUGAAGAAAUCUGUGGAGAAAGAUCCGAUGCUGCUCUCUGGGACCCACGUGAUGGAGGGCUCUGGGAGGAUGGUAGUCACUGCUGUGGGAGCGAACUCUCAGAGUGGGAUCAUCUUCACCUUGCUGGGAGCGGGAGAAGGAGAGGAGGAGGAGGAGAAAAAGGAGAAGAAAGGAAAGCCGCAGGAUGGAGUGAUGGAAAACAAUCUCAACAAAGCUAAGAAGCAAGACGGUGCGGUUGCUAUGGAGAUGCAGCCCCUGAAGAGUGCGGAGGGAGGGGAGGUGGAGGAGAAAGAGAAGAAGAAGAGCAACGUGAACAAGAAAGAGAAAUCCGUCCUGCAAGGCAAACUCACCAAGCUGGCAGUGCAGAUCGGGAAAGCAGGUCUGGUCAUGUCUGCGAUCACAGUGAUAAUCCUGGUGCUGUACUUUGUGAUCGAGACCUUCGUGAUCGAGGGCAGGGUGUGGCUGACAGAGUGCACCCCGGUUUAUGUCCAGUACUUUGUCAAGUUCUUCAUUAUCGGGGUGACUGUGCUGGUUGUGGCUGUGCCUGAGGGGCUUCCCUUGGCUGUCACCAUCUCGCUGGCAUACUCCGUCAAGAAAAUGAUGAAGGAUAACAACCUGGUGCGUCACCUGGAUGCUUGUGAGACGAUGGGCAAUGCCACGGCCAUCUGCUCUGACAAGACGGGCACCCUGACCACUAACCGUAUGACCGUGGUGCAGUCCCACGUGGGCGAGGUCACCUACCGGGAAGUGCCGGGCCCUGGGGUGCUGAGCCCCACGAUGCUUGACUUCAUAGUCAGCGCCAUCGCCGUCAACAGCGCCUACACCACCAAGAUACUGCCCCCAGACCAGGAGGGGGGUCUCCCGAAGCAGGUAGGCAAUAAGACGGAGUGCGCUCUGCUGGGCUUCGUCCAGGACCUGCACAGGGACUACCAGGCUGUGAGGGAUCAGAUCCCAGAGGAGAAGCUCUACAAGGUCUACACCUUCAACUCUGUGCGCAAGAGCAUGAGCACCGUGGUGUGCCUACCCGAGGGAGGGUUCAGACUGUACAGCAAGGGGGCCUCUGAGAUCAUCCUCAAGAAGUGCUCCAGUAUCCUCACUGCCUCCGGGGAGCCCCGUUUAUUCCGCCCUCGCGAUCGCGACGAGAUGGUGAAGAAGGUCAUCGAGCCGAUGGCGUGUGAGGGUCUGCGGACGAUCUGCAUUGCUUACCGAGACUUCCCGGGAACUCCGGAGCCAGACUGGGACAACGAGAGCGACAUCGUGGGAGAGCUGACCUGCAUCUGUGUGGUGGGGAUAGAGGACCCUGUGAGGCCAGAGGUCCCGGAAGCGAUCAGGAAGUGCCAGCGUGCGGGGAUCACAGUGAGGAUGGUGACCGGAGACAACAUCAACACAGCAAGGGCCAUCGCAGCAAAGUGUGGAAUCAUACAAGCGGGGGAGGAUUUCCUGUGCAUCGACGGCAAGGAGUUCAACAGGAGAAUCAGGAACGAGAAGGGAGAGAUCGAACAGGAGCGAAUUGAUAAGGUUUGGCCGAAGCUGCGAGUUUUGGCACGCUCCUCACCCACUGACAAGCACACCCUGGUGAAAGGUAUCAUUGACAGCACCGUGAUGGAGCAGCGUCAGGUUGUCGCGGUGACGGGAGAUGGCACCAAUGACGGGCCAGCUCUGAAGAAGGCUGACGUGGGCUUUGCCAUGGGUAUCGCCGGGACAGAUGUGGCGAAGGAGGCCUCUGACAUCAUCCUAACGGACGAUAACUUCAGCAGCAUCGUGAAGGCAGUGAUGUGGGGCCGCAACGUCUACGACAGCAUCUCCAAGUUCCUGCAGUUCCAGCUCACUGUCAACGUGGUGGCCGUCAUCGUGGCUUUCACUGGGGCCUGCAUCACACAGGACUCCCCCCUGAAGGCAGUGCAGAUGCUCUGGGUGAAUCUCAUCAUGGACACGUUCGCUUCCCUCGCUCUCGCCACCGAGCCACCUACCGAGUCCCUGCUGCUGCGCAGACCGUACGGGAGGAACAAGCCACUCAUCUCCAGGACCAUGAUGAAGAACAUCCUGGGGCACUCCGUCUACCAGCUCACCAUCAUCUUCACGCUGCUGUUCAUGGGUGAGCUGUUUUUCGAUAUCGACAGCGGUCGGAAUGCCCCCCUGCACUCCCCUCCCUCGGAGCACUAUACCAUCAUCUUCAACACCUUUGUACUGAUGCAGCUCUUCAACGAGAUCAACGCGCGCAAGAUCCACGGCGAGAGGAACGUCUUCGACUCCAUCUUCAGGAACCCCAUCUUCUGCAGCAUCGUGCUGGGCACCUUCGUGAUGCAGAUCGUGAUCGUGCAGUGGGGAGGGAAGCCCUUCAGCUGUGCACCCCUCAAUGUGGAGCAGUGGCUCUGGUGCCUUUUUGUGGGAAUCGGGGAACUGCUGUGGGGGCAGAUCAUCUCCUCCAUCCCCACCAGUCACCUGAAGUGCUUGAAGGAAGCGGGGCACGGGCCACGCCAGGACGACAUCACUGAUGAUGAGCUGGCCGACGACGAGGAUGAGAUUGACCACGCAGAGAGGGAGCUGAGGAGAGGACAGAUCCUGUGGUUCAGAGGACUGAACCGCAUCCAGACACAGAUGGAGGUAGUGAGUACGUUCAAGCGGAGCGGUUCUUUCCAGGGUGCUGUGAGGCGCCGCUCCUCCGUCCUCAGUCAGCUCCAUGAAGUAACCAAUAUUUCUACCCCCACUCACAUCCGGGUGGUGAGAGCAUUCCAUAGCUCAGCAUACGAGGUCGAGAAGAAGCCGGACACACGGAACUCCAUCCACAACUUCAUGUCGCACCCCCAGGAGUUCCUUCUGAACGAUUUCAUCCACAACAUCCCCCUGAUUGAUGACACGGACCUUGAGGAAGAGUCAGAGCUGUCAGUCAAGCACAACCAGCACCACCCCCCCCUGCCACCCCUCACCCCCUCCUCCCCCAACAAGAACAACAACGCCAUCGACAGCGGCAUCUAUCUCAACCCUGCCACACAUACCGGGGCCUCCAGCCCCGUCAGCCCACUUCAUAGCGUGGAGACUUCACUAUAACAUCCAGAACACAACAGACUGGCUCUGUAGCACUCUCCCUGUGUGUCACCCUGACACUCUUAUGCUCCCUGUCUGUGCAUCAUCUAGGCAGUCUCUCACUCUCUUGUGUCUCUGCAUCACCCAGCAAACAGACAAUGUCUCUAUAACACCAAGCAAUGGGAAAGUUUGACAACAUCCACCAAAGAAUGAGACAACAAACAGACUCACGAAAACAGAGACUCAAACAAACAGAGACUCACCAAACAAAGAGACGUAUAGGUUCUAAUGGACUAAUGGGGAGCAGCUGCACACAAUCGAGUCAGGGCAUCGACGAGGGAGAGUGGUAUACUUGAUGCUUAAUGUGUCUCAUGUCAUCGGUCAUUGGUCAUCUCACUCUCCCUCUCUUUCUAUCUCAAAUUCAGAUGGUCUUUAUUAUUGGCUUGACCAGUCAUACAAGGACUGACAAAGUUAAUUAUAUAUGUCAUGAAGGUAUUCUUUUUUAAUGGCAAGAAAUUCCUAAUGGAAGCACUAGCAGGUCUGCACGGUAGACAGGGUCUGAGGAGGUCAUUUUAAAAUGUUUCUCUACUGGGCUCCCACUCAUGUUUUGCAAGAGUAGUCAAGUUUUGCCAAAGUAAUUCCAGUCCACAGAAACAUGCUGAAAACCCAAAAGAUGUACGAACACACCGUUUCUCGCACUUGUGUUCUUGUUUGACAGGAGAGUGUGAUAUUUGAACAGGAUGAUGGGGGCAUUUUCUUGUCAACGUUUGCGUAUUAUUACAGUAUUAUUACUCGUAAGGCGAUAUAGGUAUUUAUUGUUGAAUAAUUAUUAUUAAAUAUUAUUUUAGGGCUGUUGAAAUACAGCCCUAAAAAUAAUCACGGAGCGGAUUCGUUUUUUUCUUUGGAUGGAGUGGGUGAGGACAUUGUGUUAAACUGUGAGCAACACCCUCCCAUAUCAAUCUGCCUAGUCGUGUUGCUAAGCCGGGACUCUCCGCUUGGGUUCCAGGGCUGUUUAGAUUCACUUUUUAACAUUAAAAACUAGCAUUGAAACACACGUUACUAAGAUCUGGACAGUUCUGAGAUCAAAUCAGCUGGAUGGAAGUGGCCGAGCACUUGGAAAACGCACUCAAUCCAGUGAAAAGGAAAGAGGAAGGAAGUCUGUUGAUGGUUUCAGCGUCAGCCCGCCCAAUGCUUUCCCCAUUGUCCUCGUGUGUCUCUAUAGUAACAGAAGCGUGUAAAUAACUGUUUCGCCCUGUACAAGAAAAACUCAGCUACAAAAACAUACGUUGAAGAGUUUCCAGAUAGAAGAUGUCAAAAGGCCUCCUUGUCUGUUAGCUUUUCAAAAUGGUUUCCGUGAUUUUCUGUCUGAAAAUAUAUUUUAAAAAUAUCCACACACACACACACACACACACACACACACACACACACACACACACACAUAUAUUAAGUACCACACUUGUGUAAUACUCCAUUCCAAGCUUCUAUUCAUCCAAUAAUGCAGAUAACAUCAGUCACCGAAAGGGAAGAACAAUAAGUACACAAUGUCAAAAUGUAUCAUGUAUUUAGAGAACGAAGAAUCCCAUAACAAGAAUGGCCUCGGGCAUCGUUUUCAUGUAUUUUAUAAAGAAAAAAGUAGAAUAUAUUCCUUUUCAAUGUCGCAUCCUCUGUUUUCUUUUUGUAAAGAAUCUUAAAGGCUUGUACAUUUCUUUUUUCUGAGAGCUGCGUUGCCAUUGAUAAAACGCACCACUUGGGAAUUAUAUUUCACUGUAUUAAAUGCUACAAAGAAUAAAAAGAAUAAACAUAUUAGAAAUGUAUUUAAAAAAUGAUUAAAUAUUAAAUUUACCUGCCUGUUGACUAAGAAUAACUGUAUCUAUAUAGGAACGAUGUAACCCAUACCCAUAGAUCUAGAGGGGAAUUCUCAGACUUACUGGGAAAGAAGUCUAUAUGCUU